CAAAAGCAACAUCCGGAAUUUCAACCAGUUUUUUCUCCGUAAAGUUGACAUCAUUAGUAAAGUUGACACAAAAAGUUGACAUCAUUAGAAAUAGUAAAACAAAAACAAUUUAAAAAAAAUUUCCUUGCUUAUUUUGAAAAUUGUUGCAAUAAUUAAAAAGCAAAACCUGCACACACUUUAAUUCGCCGAAAAUUCAAUUUCUUCGAAAAGUGCUGAAACCAAAAUCGGAUAUAUAAUUGGGGCCAAAAAUGGUUUUCGAACGAUCUGUGCCGAUAACUUCGCAAUGCAACGUCCAAUUCUCAGAUAUUAUCAAAAUACAACAACUUCAUCACCAGUCGGAAAAACUUCAGACCGAACUCAAAUUCGACCUGAACUCGGUCGGGGGUCAAAUACAAGCCGAUUCGGGGGGUCAACUUCCAUCCAUUCUUAUGCCUAUAGAUGAUGCGUCAAUGCUUAAACAUGGAAGUGACCUCUACAGCGGGAAUUCAUUAGUGGGAGCGUAUCAUUCAAGUAGUCACAACGAGUUUUCUGCUCUGAUGGCGGGUAUGGGGGGACAUCCUGCUGAUGGGGCUGAAUUUGGAUCUGUGGAAGGGGGGACUUCUGAUUUAAUGAAUUCUAUGAUGGAUGGAUUUGAAACUCAAACACAAUAUGGGCCAGUUUUCUCAAGCUCCGCUCAACAUUCCACACAACUGAUGACGUCAUCCCAAGGGUCAUACCUUCCCUCAUCAGUUGUGGACUAUCAGAACAACCCCCCUGCUCUUAUGGGGGGCCAACCGUCGCUCUACUCCCUUCCCUCUAUGCACCACCAAUCAGGAGGACUGUUACACGACGACCACGACUCAUUUCUUGGCUUCCAAUACGACAACAACAAGAAGCGCCGACGGCAGGCUACUCAAUCGCAACGACGAGCAGCGAAUAUUCGAGAACGAAAGCGAAUGUUGUCGCUGAAUGACGCUUUCGAGGAGCUUCGUCACAUCGUGCCGACGUUCCCACACGAGAAGAAAAUUUCCCGAAUCGACACACUCCGACUCGCAAUAAUUUAUAUCUCGUUUAUGACUGAUAUUUUGGCGGGAAAAGACGAAUCAGAUAUUGAAGUACGAAGCUUAAAACACGGUUGGACUUCAGUUCGCGAGAAACUUCAGCAACAAAUGGCGGCGCAGCAACAACAAGUAGCGGAAAACAUGGCCGCGGUAGUCGCGCAGCAACAUGCGGCGGUAGCGUUGUCAGCGCACCAAAUGGCCGCCGCAAACAACACGACAACACCCACUGAUAUGUCGCCUCUCGUCGGCGGAGGAGCUUGUCACCCGUACCCGAUGACAAAUGGAUACUCGGCUUGUGGCAGUGCUUCCGGAACCGAAUAUUUUGGAUUCGACUCGAACCAUAUUGCCGCAACUAAUAUGAUGUAUUGAUUUUGAUACUUAGCGAAAAAAACAAUAUUCAAAACUUUUCAGUAAACUUAUAUCAUCAAUCAGUGUAUCAUUUUGUUAGUUUUUUGUGGUACCAGAAAGUGCUCAGUUUUACUAUAUAUGUCCAUAUCACAUUCGCAUAAAUGGUUUGUAAAAUUUAUUUUCUCAUCGACAUCAAAAUAUCAGCUAAAAAGCCUGAUUGAAACAAAUAUCAGCGCUAGCUGCCAAUCAAAGAAGUGUUCCGCUAAUCAAAAGUGCAAUACUAACUGCCUUUCCAAACUGUCAUCAUCAUAAUCAUCAUCUGAAGUCGUAUCCAAUCAAAUUUGUUCCUGCCUUUCUUCAUAAUUCGCUUACUUUUUCUCCGAUAAAUUUGAAACGGGGAUUAGGGAAUUGAAAGGCUUUGUGGUGUUUUAAAUUCCAUAUUAAUACCAGUUUUUAUUUUUUUCUUCUAUAUAUCUUGACGCUAUUUUAUACAAAAUCUGAUGUGGUUGAAUUCAUUUUCUUUUAUUUUCA